UUUUUUCCUUUGAGGGUUACUAUCAAGUAUUCACUUUAGGGGAUCAAAGUUUUAAGUGGCGCUGUGUAUAUAGAGGGAUAAGUUUCAUUAGGUUUUGCAGACACACAGAGAGAGGAGAGAGAGGGGGAAGAUUUAAGCGAGACGCACAGCACCGCUCAUCCUGUCUUCCAGUCCCUCUCUCUCUUCGCCUUUCUCUAUAUUUUGGCCUUUCGGCUCUUCGCUUCCACGGCCUAAACUCCAAAAUCUCUCUCUCUCUCUCUCUCUCUCUCUCUCUCUCUCUCUCAUCUUUGUUCGUUUCUUCUUCCCUUUUGCCCCUUCUUAUUCUUAUACUACUCUUCUGACAACUACGUACAAACCCUACUUGAAAAAGUUCUAGGGUUUUCUUUGUGCAUAAGCCCUAGGGUUUUAUUAUCAUCUCGCAUCAUGAGUAACAACAAGGAUCAGUUGAACAUGGCCGAUCUUAACGCCGCCCUUCCAGGCGCCGCUGCUGCCCUUAGCGCUGAGGAUAGAGCAAGUCUUGUUACUGCCCUAAAGGAUAAGCUUCAACAUCUGGCUGGACAACACUCUGAUGUUCUCGAGUCUCUAUCCCCAAAUGUCAGGAAGCGCGUUGAGGUUCUCAGAGGGUUUCAGAGUCAACAUGAUGAGCUGGAGGCCAAAUUUUUUGAGGAGAGGGCAGCACUUGAAGCAAAAUACCAGAAGCUGUAUGAACCACUGUACACCAAGCGAUAUGAAAUUGUGAAUGGUGUAGUUGAAGUUGAAGGAGUUACAACAAAUGAAUCUGAGACGGACCAAGGAGAAGAUAAAGCCCCAGAAGAGAAAGGGGUGCCUAAUUUUUGGCUUACUGCAAUGAAGACUAAUGAAGUCUUAGCUGAGGAGAUCUCAGAACGUGAUGAAGGGGCUCUCAAGCAUCUCAGAGAUAUCAAGUGGUAUAGGAUUGAUAAUCCUAAGGGUUUCAAGCUUGAAUUCUUCUUUGAGUCUAAUCCUUACUUCAAGAAUUCAGUUCUGACAAAAACGUACCACAUGAUUGACGAUGAUGAACCGAUUCUAGAGAAAGCAAUAGGGACGGAGAUUGAAUGGUGUCCUGGGAAAAGCUUGACACAGAAGGUCCUGAAAAAGAAGCCAAGAAAGGGAUCCAAGAAUGCCAAGCCCAUCACCAAAACUGAGGACUGUGAAAGUUUCUUCAACUUCUUCAAUCCUCCUCAGGUUCCCGAGGAUGAUGAUGAUAUUGAUGAAGAGACUGCUGAGCAACUUCAAAAUCAAAUGGAACAAGACUAUGACAUUGGGUCAACCAUUCGAGACAAAAUUAUACCCCAUGCUGUGUCAUGGUUUACAGGGGAGGCAGUUCAAGGGGAUGGAUUUGAAGAUAUAGAAGGAGACGACGAUGAAGAAGACGAUGAGGAUGCUGAAGAAGAUGAGGACGAUGAGGAUGAUGAGGACGAUGAAGAUGAGGAUGAUGAUGAUGAAGAUGAAGAGGAAAGCAAGACCAAGAAGAAGUCAUCAACGGGACCCAAGAAGAGUGGGAGAGCCCAAGCUGGGGAAGGGGGUCCACAGGGUGAGAGGGUGGAGUGUAAGCAGCAGUAAUGUUGAGAGCCGACACAAGCAUAGCAUACGUAGACUGCACGACUUAUUUGUGUAAGUGGGUCUGUGGAUUUGAGAGUACGAGAGCGGGGUGAAGAGAACUUUUUUGGUUACUUUUUUCUUCUUUGUUAGCAAUAUUAUAGUGAUUAUAAUUUUUUAGGCUUUUUUCCCUUUCCUUUUUUUCCCUGUGGUGUUGGGUUGGGGGCGGGGUGGUGGGGUAGGGGAGGGAUGUGAUCAGGUAGUAAGAGGUGCCUUGCAAUUUGUUGAUGCGUUUUGGGUUUCCGUGCCCAGUGCUGUGAACUUCUUAAGAACCUUUUUGUUUAAUAUAUAUGUGUUUUGUUCCAUGGUG